UGGGCUUGACCACCGUUCCCCCCUCCAGUCUCCUAAGGGCUCUCUGGCAAUCCCAAGCCCACAAGACAGGGCUUCACCGAGUGAGGCCAGUGGGGAGGCUUUCCCAUCUGCCUCUUCCAACCAGCUCCUGCCCAUUCACCCAGGAUUAACACCUGGGUACCCAGACUCUAGCUUCUCACUCACCUCCUUCCCCUCAGCCGUCACUUUUGCCCAGCCCUCACCAGUGCCUGCCAAGAUGAUCACAGGGGUUUCUCAGCUUCCAGGCUACCUGACCCCAGUCCAUGUCUGAAUUUCAGCCAGAGCUAUCACUGUGAAAUGUUAGACCUGGCCACAGCCCCACUCGGGAAGCACUAACAGUAGGCCACUACCCUCAGGAUGAAAUCCAAGCCCCAGUCUCGCAUGCAGGGUCUCUCCAUCAGGCACUGUCUGCCUCGCCCACCUUCUCUACCACAUUCACCCUCCCAACCAUCUAGCCAUAAAUCUGCUUAUAUUCUCUGAACUCUUUGCCUUUGUAUGUGUUGUUCCUUCUUCCUGACAUACUUUUCCACCUCUUUCCCUCUCACCUGACAAACUGUUGCAGAGUUUAAAUCUCACUCCUGCUGACGUGAAGUGAAGCCUCCCUGCUGUCCCCUACCACAGGCUGAGCUAGAUGCCCUCUUUUCAGGGCCUCUGGGGUCACCCUCCUAUACCAUGCACCCACAACCCCACAAAAAAGGGGGGGGGGCAUUUACCUAGGCCAUGGUGUACAUGUUGCCUCCAGAGUCACAUAAUGCAUGGGCCCUGCCUACAGUACCUGGCAUGCCACUGUUAUCACCCUGAACAAGAUCACCACCUUUCUUUUUAAUAUGAAUUUUGCCCUGCCAUCACAUCCUGCAAAACACACACCAUCAGACUGUGUCUUCUCCCUCUGGGAUGGAACACAGUGCUUGGGACCACGUGGUUGCUUAAUAAUAUUUGUUACAAGAAUGAAUAAAAGCAGGAAGGAAGGAGGGGAGGAAGAAGGGGAGGAAGGGAGAGAGGGGGAGGUGAAGGAGAGACAACGGGCAGAGACAUACACCUGGGGCAUUAGAGGCCACUGUCCCUUUAUUGCCCAGAAAGUCUCAACUGCCCCAGUUCCUGUCCCUUUUGUCUCUUCUCAGGUGGCAGAAAAAGUCACCAUCCUGGUGACUGAUGCCAAUGACGAGGCCCCCAGUUUCAUCCAGGAGCCCUAUGUUGUCCAGGUUCCUGAGGACAUACCUACUGGGAGCAGUAUCAUUAAGGUCCAUGCGGUAGACAAGGACACAGGUUCUGGAGGGAGUGUCACCUACUUCUUGCAGAAUAUGCACGCCACCAAAUUUGCCAUGGACCGCCACAGCGGUGUGCUGCGCCUCCGGGCUGGGGCCACCCUGGACUACGAGAAGGCCCAGGCCCAUUUUGUCACAGUGGUUGCCAAGGAUGGUGGAGGGAGGCUUCGAGGGGCUGAUGUGGUGUUCUCAGCCACCACCACGGUCACAGUCAAUGUGGAGGACGUGCAGGACAUGGCCCCUGUCUUCGUGGGCACACCCUACUAUGGCUAUGUGUAUGAGGACACCCUUCCGGGCUCGGAGGUACUGAUGGUGGUUGCCAUGGAUGGAGAUCGGGGCAAACCCAACCAAAUUCUUUACAGCCUCUUGAAUGGGAGUGACGGAGCCUUUGAAAUUAAUGAGACGUCUGGAGUGAUCUCCGUCAUGCAGAGUCCUGCCCAGCUCAGGAGGGAGGUGUAUGAGCUGCAUGUACAGGUGACUGAGGUCAGCUCUGCAGGGAUCCCAGCUGCCCAGGCCAUGGUCCCAGUCACCAUCAGGAUCGUGGACCUCAACAACCAUCCGCCUACGUUCUAUGGAGAGAGUGGACCCCAGAACAGAUUUGAGCUGUCUAUGUAUGAACACCCACCUCAGGGAGAGAUCCUGCGGGGCCUUAAGAUCACUGUCAACGACUCAGACCAGGGAGCCAAUGCCAAAUUCAACCUGCGGCUGGUGGGACCUGGGGGCAUCUUCCGAGUGGUCCCACUGACAGUCCUGAAUGAAGCCCAAGUCACUAUCAUUGUGGAGAACUCAGCUGCCAUUGACUAUGAAAAGUUCAAAGUGCUAACCUUCAAGCUCCUGGCCAUUGAAGUGAACACUCCGGAGAAAUUCAGCUCUACAGCAGAUGUUGUGAUCCAGCUCCUGGACACCAACGACAAUGUCCCCAAGUUUACCUCCCACUACUACAUUGCCAGGAUCCCUGAGAAUGCCCCAGGGGGCUCCAACGUGGUGGCUGUCACAGCUGUAGAUCCAGACACAGGUCCGUGGGGUGAAGUCAAAUACUCCAUUUAUGGGUCCGGGGCAGACCCCUUCCUGAUCCACCCAUCCACCGGGAUCAUCUACACCCAGCCCUGGGCCAGCCUGGAUGCUGAGGCCACUGCCAGGUACAACUUUUAUGUGAAGGCAGAGGACAUGGAGGGCAAAUACAGUCUGGCCGAGGUGUUUGUCACUCUGCUGGAUGUCAAUGACCACUACCCUCAGUUUGGAAAGAGUUUCCAGGAGAAGACCAUGGUGCUGGGGACCCCAGUGAAAAUUGAGGCCACGGACCAGGAUGCAGACGAGCCCAACAACUUGGUGGACUAUUCCAUCACCCACGCGGAGCCAACCAACGUGUUCGACAUUGACACGCACACAGGGGAGAUCCGUCUCAAGAACUCCAUCCGUUCCCUUGAUGCCCUGCACAACAUUACACCUGGUGGGGACUUCACGUGGUCCCUAGAGGUGCAGGCCAAGGACCGUGGCUCCCCAUCCUUCAGCACCACGGCCUUACUCAAGAUUGACAUCACAGACACAGAGAUGCUGUCCCGGAGCCCCAUGGCCGCCUUCCUGAUGCAGACCAAAGACAACCCCAUGAAGGCUGUGGGUGUCCUGGCUGGCAUCAUGGCCAUCAUUGUGGCCAUAACCGUUCUCAUCUCCACCGCCACCUUCUGGCGCAAUAAGAAGUCUAACAAGGUCCUGCCAGUGCGGCGCGUGCUCCGUAAGCGGCCCAGCCCAGCACCCCGUGCCAUCCGCAUCGAAUGGCUCAAGUUCAGAAGGACCAAGGCUGCUGCCAAGUUUGUGCUCAAAGAGGAUCCUCCCAAUGAGAACUGCAACAACAACAGCCUAGGAAACACACUGCCCCCCAAAGCCCCAGCUCCCCCUCCACCACCCACAAUGGCGCCCAACAUGGGCACAGCCCACUGGACUGUGCCUACAGUCUCCGGCUCACUCACCCCUCAGCAACCCCAACGGUCACCAAAACCCAAAGUGGGAAGCCCCAUCCAAUCAGCUCUGGUCUCUGAGCUCAGGCAAAAGUUUGAGAAGAAGAGUGUGGGUAAUAAGGCUUACUUCUAGCAUGUGUCUUGUGGGCCCUAAUUUCCCAACCCCAACUAUCCCACUACUUGGGCCAUGCUCCCCACUAUCUGCUCCCUAGGGUCACCUGUGUUUUGUACAAUGAUGUAAGCCCCAUAUCCACGGCUCUGGACAUGCUUUGGACAAGGGAUUUCUCUGUUUAUGGGAUGCAACUGGCAAAUACUUCCUCAUCACCCAGAUUGUUGGCACAGCUAUGAUGCUCCCCAUUCCACAGAGACUGGGAAUAGACAAAGAGCCAACUCUAAGGUGUCUACUACUCACCAACCUCAGACCUCACAGUCCCUCAGGUCCUCCUGGGGCAUUAGCAUCCUCAGUUGAGGAAGAGGGCCCUGGCCACAUGUGACAAGGCCAACCAGAAUCUGGAUCCUGAAGCCCCCAGCUAAGAACAGGAGCAGGAAAAGGAGGUUCAGUUCUGGCUAAGGUUGUGAUCAGUUGACCCUUGCAGGCUGUAGGAGAGCAAAUGCCUCAGGGCAGAGUGGUGAUGCACUGAAAACUGAUGCUGACUGUGGGGCUAUUCCUCAAAGUCAUUGGAAAGAUGUAGGAAGGUGUCUGAGUAAAGACCGUGGGCCCCUGCUAUACAUGUGUGGGACCAGAGACACAAAGGUAUGGGAUGGCCCCAGCCAGAGCUGUCCCAGGCAGGCCCAGAAAUGUCCAAGCUGGCACCACGGUGGUAGUCCUAGAGGCAUCUGGAAGAGCCUCAAGACCCCUCCUCAAGGUGCUGCCCCUGCCCCCCACCACCCAGGAGCCCUUGAAGAGACAGUGCAGAGCUGAGAUCUGGAGAGACUUUUGUUUUUAUCCAGCUCUUUUGCUCAUGUGGUAUAACCUUGGGAAAGCUGUUUAAAUUCCCUGAUCACUUCCUUCCUCAUUUGUAAAAUGAAGAAAUCAAGUCCUGGCUGACUCACUCACAAGUCCAAGAUGAGGACUGAAAUAAAUAUGUGGUGACAAGGGCUUUAAACAAGUGCAAAGCAGCACAAAUGCAGAGUAUUUUUCUGCAGGCCAGUUCUCUGGGCUGCAGCUCCUCCAGAAAGUAUUAGGAGCCCUUCACGCCAUUCUGCCAAGCACCCCCAGGAGGUCCUGUGCAGGGUUUGAGUACAGCCCCUGACCUGUGGCAGCCAGAGCUGGAUGAUGUCAUUGCCCUUGACUCAGGCUCCUCCCGUCCAGUUAUGCCCCACCACACCCCAUGCAGCCCUAGCCAGCCAGUCAGAAAGGACCAAAGCCGGGCGGUACAUCCAUUUUGCCAAAAUGACAAAAAUGAGCUUCCAUGACAGGAGCAGUGCUGGAGGCCACACAGCUGGUUAGUAGCAGAGACCUGGUCUGAGGGCUCCUGACUCCUUGACAUUUUCCUUUGGCCAGGCACACCUCGUCAACUUGUGACAACCUCCCCCAGGAGAGAAGACAUGCAAGCCUCUAUGUUUAAUGCAGAGAAGUUCCGCCCAACUUUAAGGAAAGCUGCUCUAUGAGGAAUCUAGACGUGUGCAGGGAGGGGGAAGUAGAGCGAUUCUUUGCAUCUUGCUCCCCUCACUAACAACCGCUCUAGAGUAUCGUCAGUGAUUUUAUUUAAACAGACUAUAUGCACAUGUGGUUUUCUUGAUUUCUGAGUCUGUGUUUUGAGGUGUUACUCAGUUACGCUGGUGUGUAAGCUCCUUGCUGGGCUUUCUGCAGUCCCCAACCCAGAGUGUAUUAAGAGGUGAUUGCUAACAAGCUGGGAGCCCAGACUGAACCAACAAGCAUUUUGCAGCCUAUAUUUCAGGAGAGGGCUGUGCUGGCUUAUGUUUUCUCUCCACAGGGAAUACACCAUCUUUACAUUUUGCAUGCAAUCAACCUCUUUUGUAAAUGGUGAAUAAAGUCUGUUAAGCAAGG